CUUGUGAGUAUCUUUGGGCUCUCGCGUGACGAGACGUUGUUGGUUCUUCAAGCGCAGAGAUGGAACGAGGAGAUGGCGAUGGAGCGGUAUAUGGAGGACGAAGGGGGGUUACGGGAGGCGGCAGGGUUGCCACAUGAGCGAGAACCGGAAGCAACUUACAAGACAGGUGCGGACGAUGUGGUGCGCAAGAUCCCCUCGAUAUGUCCCAUCUGCUGCGACGACACUACCGACUUCUAUGGUCUCUCCUGUACUCAUCUCUACUGCCGUGACUGCUACAGCCAGUACAUCUCAACCCAGAUCCUUCGCGGGACUGCCAUCAAGUGCCCCGAGCCCGGGUGUGGGCGUGCGCUUCCGCACCUGUUCAUUGCGCGCACGGCGGGCGAUGCGACCUACCACGCGUACCUCGAAAGCGUCACCAAGCUCUACAUCACCGCUAGCAAAUCUAUUAAAUACUGCCCCGCACCCGACUGCGGCCGCAUAGUCGCGAGCAACUCUGUUCCCGCAUCCGCGGUUGGCUCUAUCCCCAUUGUUGAAUGCCUGGCACGGCACCUGUUCUGCUUUGCGUGCAACUAUGAGAAUCAUGUGCCUGCACCGUGCUUCGUCACUCAGCAAUGGAUUGCAAAGUGUAAGGAUGACUCAGAGACGGCGAACUGGAUCAGCUCGCACACAAACAACUGCCCAAAAUGCGAGUCCGCGAUUGAGAAGAACGGUGGGUGCAACCACAUGGUGUGCAAGUCGUGCCAGACAGAGUUCUGCUGGAUCUGUAUGGGCGACUGGAAGCUCCACGGAACUGCAUACUACCAGUGCAACCGCUUCAACGAUAAGGAUCCGGAAACGGUGGCGGAAAGGACCAAGAAGGACAGCGCGCGGUGGUCGCUCAAACGGUACAUCCAUUACUACAAUCUCUUCCAGAAUCAUGAUUUGUCUUUACGCCAGGACUGCAAGCUCUUUGAGAAGAAGAUCGAGCCGCAGAUUGUGGCGUUGCGCGACGUGCGCCACUUGAGUGUGUCUGACAUCCUGUUCUUCUUUGACGCGCACGAGGCGUUGGUAGCAUGCCGCAAGGCGCUUAAAUGGACGUAUGUGAUUGCAUACUACCUCCAAAAGACAAACUUUCAGGAGAUUUUUGAGAGCAACCAGGACUUUUUAACGUCAUCGAUCGAGGAGUUGUCGCAGGCGUUCGUGCAAGGAAGGGUAGAACAGAUGUACCAGAAUAAGAAGGUGUUUGUUGAGCGGGCGAGUUUGGUAAGGAGACGGAAGGAUAUUAUGGUCGAGGCCGCUAAUGCAGGGUUAAAAGAUGGG